AUGUUAACAGAAGUAUUUCUACCGCAACAUGGAGAUAUACUUGGCUCGACUUGUCCUGCUGAUUUCGACGGCAACGCUUCUGGACGCACGCGAUUUUUACCUCAACAAGUGGCGGCCACGCAUUAUAAAUGGAGGGCCCAUCGAUAUUCAGGAUGCACCCUGGCAGGUGGCAGUCUUGAAUGAUAGCGCACCUCAUUGUGGCGGUUCAAUUUACAGCGAGAAUAUCAUUAUAACUGCGGCCCAUUGUGUGGUGCUUAUUACUGCGGAUCACUUGACAGUCCGAGCCGGAUCCGCACAGCAGUCGUCUGGAGGUCAGGUUGAGCAGGUUGCCGUCGUUAGAAGCCAUGCAGGUUACAAUUCAGCAACGACGGAGAAUGAUAUCGCUGUUUUGCGGCUAGCUCAUCCGCUUGAACUUGGGCCAUUGGUGCAAACAAUUCCACUGGCCACGAAAGUUCCCGAAAACGGAGCCGACGCGCUUGUAACAGGGUGGGGCAAUAUAGGCCUUGAAUACCCAGAAGACUUGCAUGGGGUAAAGGUUCAAAUGAUCGACCAUGAGACCUGCGCAUUGACCGAAUAUCCGUUGCUCGGCUAUAAAAUCACGGAGGACAUGAUCUGUGCUGCCGGAGAAUUAAAAGAUGCUUGCGAUGGCGAUUCUGGUGGACCUUUGGUAUAUAAUGGAGAACUCGUGGGUGUUGUUUCUUGGGGUAUGGGCUGCGCCAAUCCCGGAUAUCCAGGAGUUUAUGCCAAUGUUGCACAUUUCCAUGACUGGCUGCUGGACACCAUUGAGAACAUUCGGUAACAUAUUCAGUGAAAUAACUUAUAGCUAAUUCUGGUACUUUUAUACCCCUUAAGCUGAAGCAUGCGAAUAAAAUGUGCACAGCAACAAAAAUAUUUAAAUUUCAGCUUAAAUAGAAAUGUGUUUAAAUAAAAUUACAGGCAUUUUGUAAUCAGACAGUAA